AUGCUGUCCAGAGUAGCCCAGGCUUCGCGCUUGGGCUUGAUGACAGCUCGUCUGUCACGGCCCGUCGCAUCUCCCUCUCUCCGAGCCCUUCCCGCCGCCGCUCCUCAAUUUGCUUCGCCGUGGCUCCGAACAUACGCCAAGAAGUCCUCCUCUCAACAAAACAAAGAUUCGAAACAGAAGCCUCCCCAGGCGCAAAACGAUGCUGAAAAUGUCGAGAAGCCUGCUGAGAAUGACGUCGACAAGGCUGGCGAGAAGUCUACCGAAGCUCCGAAGGAGGGGGAGCAAAUACCUUUCCACAAGCUACCCGAUCUGACACAGGGUAUUCCUUCGACGCUGUUUGAGGAGAUGGGCGGUGAUAAGAAGAAGGAGCAGAAGGAACUGCAGGAGAUGGAGGAGGCUGAGUCGAGUGGUGGACGUGAACGAUCGGAAUAUGUCUCUACGUCUGAGCGAAAUCGCAAGUGGUGGACAAGAUUCAUGCUUAUUACGGCUGCCGCCGGUGGUACUCUGAGCGUUCUAUACAUGGGCCGAAACUGGGAAGACACCAUCGAAGCUGAGCGUCACUCUGACAUUCCCAACGGCCCUGGUCUUGGUCUGUGGUGGAAGCGUGCCAAGGCCCGUUUGACCGAGUCCGUCACUUACUACCAAGAGCCUGCAUUCGAGAAGCUGCUCCCCGAUCCCGAUCCUUCGUUCGAGCGACCUUAUACUCUCUGCCUGAGCUUGGAUGACCUUCUCGUUCACAGCGAGUGGUCCCGUGAGCAUGGCUGGAGAAUUGCAAAGCGACCUGGUGUCGACUACUUCAUACGUUAUCUUAGUCAGUACUAUGAGCUGGUCCUUUUCACCUCUGUGCCGUUUGCUACUGGCGAGCCUAUCAUGAGGAAAUUGGACCCUUUCCGAUUAAUCUUGUGGCCCCUCUACCGAGAGGCUACCAAAUUUGAGGAUGGAGAGAUCGUCAAGGACCUCUCUUACCUCAACCGUGAUUUGAAGAAGGUGAUCAUCAUCGACAGCAACCCCAAGCACGUCCGCAACCAACCCGAGAACGCCAUCAUCCUUGAUCCCUGGAAGGGCGACAGAAACGACAAGGAGCUCGUCAACCUCAUUCCCUUCCUCGAGUACAUCCACACCAUGCAGUACGACGAUGUUCGCAAGGUCAUCAAGUCCUUCGACGGCAAGCACAUCCCCACGGAAUUCGCCCGUCGUGAAGCCAUCGCCCGCAAGGAGUUCCAGGCCAAGCAACUCGCCCACAAGCAAAAGCACGGCUCCGGCGUCGGCGCUCUAGGCAACCUCCUCGGUCUCAAUCCUAGCAACAUGAGCAUGAUGGUCUCCCCCGAAGGCGAGCAAAACCCCGCCGAGGCCUUCGCGCAGGGCAAGAUGCUCCAAGACGUUGCCCGCGAGCGCGGCCAGCGAAACUACAUGGAGCUCGAGAAGCAGAUCCGCGAGAACGGCGAGAAGUGGCUCAAGGAAGAAGCCGCCAUGAUGGAGGCGGCCCAGAAGGAAGCUAUGAACAGCAUGAUGGGUUCGUUCAGUGGCAUGUUCGGCGGCAGCCCACCACCUGAGAAGAAGGCCUAG